UUCCAUUUCUUUUCCUACUCUCUCUAACGGUUGCGAGGGUUUCUUUUGAUUUUUCGCACCUCUCUCAAUCUGUAGAAGAAGACGUAGAAAAGCAGGUAGCUGUGAGAGAGAUAUGGCAGCAGCUGCGACAGCAACUACUUCGGUGGUCCUGCGGAACAGGAACGGGCCAGGUAGGACCGCUCCGGCAGACGAUGACAGCACGGUGUUCGAGACGAGCCCCGGCGUGGAGGCCAUCACAAGCUUCGACCAGAUGGGCAUCCGAGACGAUCUCCUGCGCGGUAUCUAUGCCUACGGCUUCGAGAAGCCCUCCGCCAUCCAGCAGAGGGCCGUCAUGCCCAUCAUCAAUGGCCGUGAUGUCAUCGCCCAGGCCCAGUCCGGUACCGGCAAGACCUCCAUGAUUGCCCUCACCGUCUGCCAGAUGAUCGAUACUGCCUCCCGAGAGGUACAGGUAUUGAUUUUGUCACCUACAAGAGAGCUUGCUUCACAGACUGAGAAAGUGAUACUGGCUAUUGGUGAUUACAUAAAUGUACAAGCCCAUGCAUGCAUUGGUGGCAAGAGUAUUGGGGAGGAUAUAAGGAAGCUUGAAUAUGGAGUUCAUGUGGUUUCUGGAACGCCAGGCAGAGUCUGUGACAUGAUCAAGAGAAGGACAUUACGCACUAGGGCAAUCAAAUUAUUAGUCCUUGAUGAAUCUGAUGAGAUGUUGAGCCGAGGAUUCAAGGAUCAGAUAUACGAUGUUUACAGAUAUCUUCCACCAGAGCUUCAGGUUGUAUUGAUAUCUGCAACUCUGCCUCAUGAAAUUUUGGAGAUAACAAACAAGUUUAUGACAGAUCCUGUUAGAAUACUUGUGAAGCGUGAUGAGUUGACCUUGGAGGGCAUCAAACAGUUCUUUGUUGCUGUUGAAAAAGAGGAGUGGAAGUUCGAUACUCUGUGCGAUCUCUAUGAUACUCUUACCAUCACCCAAGCUGUUAUCUUCUGCAACACGAAGAGAAAGGUGGAUUGGUUAACCGAAAAGAUGCGUAGCUACAACUUCACAGUCUCUUCAAUGCAUGGGGACAUGCCUCAGAAGGAGCGAGAUGCAAUAAUGGGAGAGUUCAGAUCAGGAACAACCCGUGUUCUGAUCACAACAGAUGUUUGGGCCCGAGGUCUUGAUGUUCAGCAGGUUUCUCUGGUCAUCAAUUAUGAUCUUCCAAAUAAUCGAGAGCUUUACAUUCACCGGAUAGGCCGCUCUGGUCGUUUUGGGCGUAAGGGUGUGGCGAUAAACUUUGUCCGCAGUGAUGACAUCAGGAUUUUGAGAGACAUAGAGCAGUAUUACAGUACACAAAUCGACGAAAUGCCAAUGAACGUGGCCGAUCUUAUCUGAGAUCUGCAGUUGAUUCUUCUUUCAAAAACAAAUUUGUAAUCGGAAAGAAGGGAAGGUUGCUGGAAAGAAUGGUGUGCCAAAGUUGCCUUGUGACUGCUUUGCGUAAUCUUUGACCAGUGUGAGAGGAUGUAUAUGAAUACAUUUUAGUAGAUUGAAGGUUUCGAGGUUCUGUAAUGGAAAGAGUAAGAAACUGGGGUUUGGCUCUGAGUUCUUGGGUUAUUAUUUAUAAUAGGUAGGUUUUUUUUUCUUCCCCUUAAUUUCUACGGUCAAUGUAUUAUUGCAUUCUCAUGGUUUGAUGAAAUGUUGCUACUUUUUAACUAGAUAAGCUAUGAUUUCAUCAGUUAAAUGAACUUUAGUCGAAGAUUAAACAUA